CCCCAGCCGUCCGCCAAUGUCGCCUCCUGUCUUGCGGCUUGUCCUGGUCGAACCCAUGAUCCCGGUCCUUGUCCUGGUUGCUGGACUGGCACCGCAUCCUCGUUCAACUCUUGGCCCUGGCUCGCCAGAGCUGGGGUCCCCCCUAAGCCCAUCCGUUUCCGCGCCGCCUACCAGACCACCCUAUCGCGCUACCUUUCUGUGCCUGCUCGCUCAAAUCUUCCAAACGAAUGCCUCCCUUCUAUCCGUUGGUCUCUCGUCCUUUUGCAGCCAAAAUCUGCAGCGGACAGGGAACCAAGACCCAUCCUAGCAGUGUGCAGAUACUGUGCAGUCUCUCGUCUCCGUCCUCCACUCCUUCUCUGGCACCGCAAAAUCGAUUCCUGCAGCCGCGGAUUGGCCCUGUUGACUUGUCCGCAGCUUCAUAUACAUACCUGCCAACAACCCCCCACCGCCCACCGUCGUCUUGCCCUCUUCUUCCCUUCACCAUACCUGUGCCUCGCUCUGGUCGCACUCCCAACACCGCACACCCUCCCACGCCCACGCCCAUCCGACACUGGCCUGAUCCGACCGCCAACGUCUACUCACACAUCAACAUUCAUCCGUCUUGCAUGCCAAACGACAACAUAG